CAAGAUCCAUGUUUGUCGAUUCCCAUACUCCCAUGUUGAGACAACAAGACUCACAUCACUGUCCGGCGACUCCUUCGCAUCAACUCAGGUAGCACUUCGACAGCAAGGCGACCAUGUUGUUGCGCCAGCAAGCAAUAUUGAAAGAAACCGCGUGUACAUGUACAAGCACGAACCCUCCUUCAAUCUGAGAGCUUCGUGGCGCCAAUCGCCGGAGAUAAUCUGGGCAACUUUGCAACAUGCCUGGCCUGCCGUCUUCUGUCGAUCUUGACGAAUGUAUAGAGAGCCUCUACAAGAAGAAUCUCCUCGCGGAAUCUAUCAUCGAAGCAAUAUGUGCGAAAACAAAGGAGCUGCUAAUGCAAGAAAGUAACGUCGUCCAUGUGCAAGCACCAGUGACUGUGGUGGGAGACAUACACGGCCAAUUCUAUGACCUAAUUGAGAUCUUCAAGAUUGGAGGAUUCUGUCCGGAUACCAACUACCUUUUCCUUGGCGAUUAUGUUGAUCGAGGCAUGUUUAGCGUCGAAACGAUUUCCCUUCUUGUUUGUCUGAAGCUACGAUACCCGCACCGAGUGCAUUUGAUACGAGGAAACCAUGAAUCGAGAGGAGUUACGCAGUCUUACGGCUUUUACACGGAAUGUUCGAGGAAGUAUGGAAACGCCAAUGUAUGGCACUACUUCACGGAUAUGUUUGACUUCCUUACUCUGAGUGUGGUCAUUAACGACCAAAUAUUUUGUGUGCAUGGAGGUCUUUCCCCUUCAAUCCACUCAAUCGAUCAAAUUAAAAUCAUUGACCGCUUCCGCGAAAUUCCCCACGAAGGCCCAAUGGCAGACCUCGUCUGGUCCGACCCCGACCCAGAACGCGACGAAUUCUCUCUCUCUCCUCGAGGAGCAGGUUAUACAUUUGGCGCACAAGUGGUCAAAAAAUUCCUAGAAGUAAACAAGAUGUCGCACAUCCUCCGCGCUCAUCAGCUCUGCCAAGAAGGCUACCAAGUCCUCUACGACGAUCGCCUGAGCACUGUGUGGUCUGCGCCGAAUUACUGCUAUAGAUGCGGAAACAUGGCGAGUGUGUUGGAAGUUAGUGACACUGGAGAGAGAUUCUUCAACGUCUUUGCGGCAGCUCCCGAGAAUGAUCUGCAUAAGGAUAAUCCUGGUGGACAAGAUAAGAUAGCAGAUGGCAGCGCGUUGCCAGACUACUUUUUGUAAAUGUCGAAGGUGGAUUUGUAUGAGAAAUGAGUAAAGAUAACAUGUGAGACGGUCUUUGACUUCUCCCUUGGAGUUUAUGGUGGAUAGAUUCAAGAAUACUUCCAGACUUCACAUUCCUCAUUCGAACAAAAGACACGAGUGCAAUGCGUGUGAAAUAUGCAAUGAAGUCCAUUUAUUCGUCACCAUCGUAAUUCCAUUGCAUCGUCAUUUCCCUAUAUCAUCCAUAAUUCAGACCCAUAUUUCCAUGCUGCAAAGAAAGGAAAUAAAGCUAGAA